GCCGCAAAAAGAGUUGUCGAAAGUGCAAUGUGCUAAUUAUGCGGGCCCACUGGGCGUAUGCGUGUUAAAAGCGCAUCAAGUGAUACGAUAUUCGAUACGAUACUUACAUACUGACGACAAACGCUGUCAAAGCAGGUAGAAAAGCUAAACCAUAGACGACUUGUUGCUGGUAGAAAUAUAUUCUUACUGUCUUCUACGGUUAAAGUGUCAUUGGUGUAAGAAAACGGAAAAGUCAACGUGUAAAAUGUGAAAAAUGUGAUUGGAAAUGUUGAAAAGGUGUCAACAAAUUGUGUUUAAACUAAAAUGUUUCUGUGUGAUUUAAGAGUCAACAACAUUCCACUUGUUUGCAUAUAUUCAGUUUAGUUAAUCGAAAUAAUGUCAUGCAUUGGCUCGACGGCAUUUCCUUAGAUGACAAUUUAAUUAGCGGACGCGCCAGCGAAAGCAACGGCGAGCACAGCGAUAGCAAUCAGCGCAAAUCCACGCAAAGCUCAUCGCCAUCCAAAGCAAAACGAAGACGUCAUGCACACUAUAAGCUAAAUAGCAGAUUGGACAGGAAGUCGUCUCGUGGCAUGAUAUACGAAAAUGAAGAACUUAGAUUGCGCACAAUCAAUAUAAAUGCAGAAGUAGAACGAGGUCAAUCGGAUAUCAAGCGUUUAAGGCGUGAGAAUGAGCAGCUGCGUCGGGAGAUCUGGACACUGCGAGACGAAUGUGAUCGGCUUAACAAGCGCUUUAAGGCGAAGCUGAACGAGCAUGAGUUCGGUGGAUGUCGCGGCAGCGGAGGCAGCGGACGUCGUUGUAGCGGCGGCGGCAGAGGAAGCGCAGGUUGUGAUGGAAACAGUGAUGACUCGGACUCAUGUGAUACGUGUCGCUGCGAGGACGAUGGACAAUGCAGUGACGAGUGCUGCCAGGAGGGUGGAUCGUGUGUCUCUAUUAAGCCUCCGUUGCCACCAGAGGAGGGCAACAAAGCCGAUGAGUGCCAUUCCCCGCCCAAGCCGAAUAAUCAGCCGAUGCACUUCGACCAUCUGUCGGUGGUGUCGGAGGAAACGCUUAGCAAUCCGGAGAUGAUGUUGUCCCACCAGCAGGAACAUCUGAUGAUCUGCACACCCGAUCUCAAUGGCUCGCAAAGCACAUUGCCCAGUCUGGUGGGUCCACUAACGCCCCUCACGCCCAUUGAGCUGGUGGCCAACCAGCUAAACGACCUGCAGGCAACGGUGCCGCCGCUGUCCUAUUUUGAGAACAUCCUGCAGCAGCACAUGGGCGCCAAUACGGUGUUUACUCCCACGCCCGAGCUGGACACCAGCUCUAGCACCACAACGGGCAAGACCAUGAAGCAUACGAACGGCUGGGAUUACAAUCUGCAGUCGCCGUUCUCUCAGCGCAAGUACUCCAACACUUCGUCACCAUCACGCUCACCGCCGCCUCCGCCGCCUUUGUCACAAUAUCAGCCCACAUUGACGACAUUUGUGCCCACGUCGACGCUUCAGGCUUUGCCCAAGGUAACCCUAAAUCUGCCAGCGGCAGCGCCAACGGCCGGCGUCGAGACUGUGGCCAUAACCACAAACGCAACGCAACAAGCGCUCAACAGCCCCAAGCACUUCUUUGCCCCCAUUAAGCCGCGCCUCAAGCUCAACACCAAGCUGGCCAACCAGAGUUCAGACGCACUGCCGCCGGGAUCACCGCCACCGCCACCGCCGCUGGAAACGUCAGCGCCACUGCGUGAGCCACCAGAUAUAUUUGUGAACAAUGCACUCGCAUCGCCUUAUCAGCGUCCGCUCCAGCGGCAUUCACCCCAAGUAAGUCCACGACACCGCGCGCGAACGCAUUGCCAGCUCCACCAGCAGCCCUGCCAGGCUCACGUCCACGCCCGCGGCUCCCACACGCCCCCGCAGCACCGCCAACAUCAAUGCCAGCAGCUGCAACAACAGCCCCAGCAACAUUGUUCCCUACAUCGGGCGGUGGUCAAUGUGGCAGCUGCUGUUGGGUUAGGUAUUGGCGGUGCUGAGGGUAGCCCCUGUCCCAGCAGUGUGGUUGACACUUACACCGCUGCAAUUGCUGCUGCUGCUUCAGCGUCAGCGUCAGCUCCCCCGUCUCCGUCCUUAUCCUUGCUGUCCCUGUCCCACUCCGUUGAGCCUGUCUACGCAACCGCACAAAAGAGUUGCCACAGCACUUGCAAGUCGGCCACUGUCUUGACAAAGCCCCUGAUGACAGUCACCACAAGCACCACCAAGCCAACAACAGCAUUGCCACUGAGGCAGACAAGCAACAACAACAACACCAAGAACAGCACCACCAAUACCACCAUGACGUGUGCACUCCAAUGCAAGCCAAUCUCUACAGCGACCACAUCUAGCAGUAUCGUUGACAUUGGCAGUCAGACGGACUCGGUGAAUCUGGAAUCGAUACUCAACGACAUUGAGACAAUUUCCGAGGAUAUAUUGGCCAUUCAGUUGGAAAAGAGUAAAUCGCGGGACAAUCUAAUGUCCACUAACAACGACAAGGACAACACUAAGAAACCCUACCGCUCCGAGAUGAACUUGUAUCUACAAUAUGAUGGCACAAAUCCGACAAUUUCGAAUGGAACGUGCACGACUGGAACAACAACGGCUAGCCACGCCUCUGACACGAGCAGUGGGCGUAAGCUGUCCAGUCGCACGCGUUCCCUUGAGAGAGAGCACACAGACAGUCCGGCACCUCAUAUGCCCGAUCCGAUGGCGCCAUUUCCCGAGAAGUGCAGCUAUCUGGGAUUCGAGCAGCUUAAUCAGGCGGCUGGAGUGUCGGGGCAGUCACCAACUGGGCAGAAACCACCACUGCCUGUCAAGCCCAAUGUACCAGCAAAGCCACCACCACCGCUACCACCUGCCCGCCGUCCGACCAUGCCCACAGAGCCACCGCCCUCGCCGCCAGUCGGACUGUCGCCGAACAAGAGUCAUCUGUACAAAUCUCUGGCCUCGGCUGCGGCCCAAAGAGCCAUCUUUCGUUCCUCCCCAUCGCAGUUGACCCGCUCACUGGACGUGGAGUGCACGGCAAAUGACGCUGUCCUGGAAGCCAGCGAUUCCACGGCAACAAAUGAGGAUGACGAGGCGGCGAAGCGAAAGGCCCGACGGGUCUCUAUUGUCUGCGGAGAGGAGCAGCCGGUGGCAGUGACCACUGCCCCCACAACAACAUCCAGCUGUGGUGACUUGACCAUCGCAGCGGCGAGCGUAUUGACUCAUCCGAGCAUUAAGGCCUUCAAGCAGAUGAGCCACAGCACGCCAAGUUCCCCACAUUCCUCGCGCCGUCGCACCAACAGCAACACAAUGACAGCGGCUCAUGCCGAGGUGGCAGCCACGAACUCGGCGCCGCCCAGCACCACGCACCACCAUCACCAUCGAAAGGAGAGCAGCGAUCCGGCACCGAUGACAGCGACCGUGAGUCGGACAAAAUGUUCUCGACGUCACUCGGAGGGCACCGUACACAAUGUGCAUCGGAUCAGCAAUUCGAGUGGUGGGGCAGGUGGUGGGCAUCACCAUCACCAUGCGCACCACCAUCCGCACAACAGUUUGAUCAGCAGCAACCCGCACCACAGCCACCAUUCCCACCAGGACAGCAACCACGAGACGGUCACUUCCCUAUCCGAUCGCAAUUCCAAUAGCUUUGGCUCAUCCCGCGAAUCCUCGACGAGCUUCAGCAUGCGGUCCAAUCGACGCAAGAUCUCGAUCAGUUCCCACACUGGCGGCAAGAUACCCUGGUGCGGUUGCUGGGGCAAUGGUUGUCUCUGAGGCGUGUGUACCUACAGUGAGGUGGUGUCUGAUGGACUCACCAUAAUCCGAUUAUUAAAAGUAACCUAGAUUAUGUUUUGUCGAAUGGAGAUGGAGUGGAAUGGAAGCUUGGCUGCCGUCCUGCAACAAUAUAGAUACAUAUUUUUAGAUACUCCUUAUGAAUUAGCUAGUGUUGAUUUUAAUGAAAUCAAUUGAUUAACUCAUUUUGAAAACGCAUUUUCAGAAAUCGCCUAGUACAAACCAAAGUUCACAAUUUGAUGCGGUUUAAUUUUUAAUUAACUUUAUUGUUUAUUGCGUAAUUUAGUUUAAUUUAUAAAUUCCGUACGAAAUUGUUUGCAAUUUAUCACCUAUACGUUUAUUUGAUUGUACAUAUACUGACAUAUGAGUAUUUC